ACUGCGCUGGGUGGCAUCGCGAAGAUGUUCCGGUUCUUUCCAGCUGCCUGUAAGGGGCUUGUUGUGAUAAUCAAAGGAUGUGGGGUGCCUUGUUCUAGAAAAGGGCCUUGUGUGCACCCAGGGAGACAACGGUGGUUCUGAAGCUGGCUUUUCUGUGUGUGAUGAGGGAAUUCCUUGGACGUCUGGCUCAUCUUUGUGAGCAUAGAACGCACAGUGCAGACAUUCAAUGAAAGCCAGACCACAUAUUGUGACCAUUAAGAAUGCCAAGGCCAGGCAGCAGAGGACCACAGACAUCAGCCCACACCAUCAUGGAUGAAGCCGACUUUUCAGAAGACACAACCUGUAAACAACAGGAAGACUUGCCUUACGAUGGGGUCUUCUCUCAGAUGAAGAUGUGCAGCUCUUACAACUUUACCUCAACAAACAACAACCUUGCUGUCUGGGAAGACGUUGUUCUGUCGGGAAAGGACCCUCAGGAAAAGUCUGCCUGCUGUAAGAUGUGCCAGAACACAGCUGUGGUCACUGCAAAUGUUGUCAACAAUAGGCAUGAUAAAGAUAAACAGUGCACCUUGGCUUCUUGUGUUCCAGCUAAUAAAGGAGAUGCCCCAAAGUCACACAUUUCGGAUGUUUUACUCCAUCGACUCUCCAGGGAGCAAUUCUUAAGGGCACAAGGCCUUGGCUAUGAAAAUCUCCCAGAGACCUUGCAUGCUGACCGUCUUGAUGACACAGCCAUUCUUACAAGUGUCAUUUCACGUUAUGGAAAGAGCUAUUGCCCCAAGGAACAAAGUCCAGAAUUCACUGACCAACCCAGUUCCAAAAGUGGUACAGAAAAUAGCAGUAGUUCCAGCUUCUCUCCAGGCACAACAGGAGAUACCAGCUCUCCCUUAGAAACACCAGUGGCUGCUGGGCAGAGCCACCAAGAAGCUCCAAGCUUUAUGAGUAGAACUAAAGGUCCCGGUGAUGAACACAGAAACUGCCAAGGGCAGACACCCCAGAGAUGGCUGACUGAAAAAGCAAGUUCAGGCCACCGGUUCAAAUACAGUCCAGGUCAAGUGCGUUACCAGCUUCCAGAUUUUUCUAGGGUUGCUCCCCAAGUGAAAAUCCCUAGAAAUACCAUAACUAAUAAACCACUUACAAUAGCUAACCAAGCCAGCUUUUCUCCUGGGUUGAGAAAUAAAUCAACAGUUGUGCAAGAUAGUUUAGGAACCAUGUCUGGGCCAAAUUGUGUUGGAAAACAUCAACCAGAGCAAAAAAGGAAACUUACUGAACCUUCACAGGAAACCCAGAUGGAGCCUGCCACACACACCUGCCAAGAAGCUCUCACAGGAGUUAAAUCUGUGAAAUGUCACUUGAAGUUGACACCAACAACUCAGAGAGACCCUUCCCUAAAUUCUUACAUAUUUCAAAAGAUCUCCCAAGGAAGACAGAUGUGCCAGAAACUGAAAGAACAGACUGACCAACUGAAGACUAAGAUACAAGAAUUUUCCAAAAGAAUAAAACAGGACCCUCUCUGCCAUUUACAAGACAUCAGACUGAUGACCAAGGAGCACGCUGGCUGUGUUCCAGGACCCCGGAGCUCACGAAGAAGGGAGGUGACAGGGCUGCCCGAGGCAGGGCCACAGGAGGUCACCUCCAAGGAGCUCAGUGAGCUGGCCCCAAAGAUGAAACAGAAAAUGGAGAAAGGGGGCCACAGAAGGACCAACUAUGGAAAGUUUUCCAGUACCAUCCAUGAGAAAACACUGUGCCAUGAUUCACCUCUCGGUUCUGAUCCGGGGCCCAGCUUCCGUCCUGAGUCUGGCACUGGACUGCAGCGUAACAGAGGUGAGGACAGUGGCAGUGAGGGUCGGAACUCCCAGAGGGUCUGCAGUGAAGAACCACCAAAAGAAUUUCAUUAUAGAUACGACACUCCAGGGCAGGAUGACUUAAAUCACCGUGGAGGACAUACCUCUGCCCAGCCCCACUUCUUACACGAAAAUAAAAUGUCUUCAUCUUCUUGCUCAACAUCAAAAUGGAUCUGUUCCCAGAGAGUAAACUCAGAACCCUUUCAAGAUGAGCAUGAUUCCAGCACAAGAAAACAUCCCAAGACUUGCCUGACCUGUAACACAGACCCUGCAAGACCCCCGACCCACCUCCGCUUCCUCAGGAUUCCUGGAAUCCAAUCCUUAGGUGACCGUAAUAACAUGGAAGAAACAGAAUCUAAGAUUUUAAACUCGGCUUUGGAUCAUGCCUUAAAGACAGCAACUGUAUUGAAAAAAACCACUGACCAAAUGAUUAAAUCCAUUGCAGAGGACCUCGCCAAAGUGCAUCGAUGGAGGUACCAACUAAAACACUACUAACUCCAGCCCAGGCCACCAAGGGUCACAUUUUUGGGUCUUCUUCUGCAGAGUAUUUUACUGACGACACAAUGUGGAAAGACGGCUUUCUAGAGAAAACACUAGAACUGUAAGAAAUGAACUACACCAAGUUCUUAAAUGAAACAAAACAAAAACAAAAAGCAAACAGCCCUCGGGCACUUAUGUAUUUAUGUGAAAAUGAAUCUAUGUUCUUCCUAAUUCACAGUAAAAUAAAAAAAUAAUAAAACAAACACUUUUAUCUAUUA